AUGAUUGCUUCAACCAGCAGCAUAGAGGCUCUCACCCCCACAGAGGGUUCCAACAAUAGCAAAGGCACAACGACUCCCGCAACGAGCACCGAAGACGCUGAGAUGCAAGAUGAUCCCCUCCACAAUGAUAUCAAUGGCGAGGUUGCCAUAAUAGGCAUGGCAUGUCGUGUCCCAGGAGACGUGAAGUCCCCCUCCGCACUGUGGCAGUUCCUCAUCCAGAAGGGCGAUGCUUCAGGAGACAUGCCCUCCUGGCGUUGGGAACCCUAUCGACAGCGCCAUCCUCGUAAUGCGGCCGUACUGGCUAAAACCACCAACAAGGGCUACUUCCUCAACAAUAUCGACCAGUUCGAUGCUGCUUUCUUCGCGAUCUCCCCGCGCGAGGCGGAGCAGAUGGACCCUCAGCAGCGCAUUGCCCUCGAGGUUGCCUGGGAGGCAUUGGAGGAUGCAGGCAUCUCUCCUUCCCGUCUUGCGGGUUCAAACACUUCAGUAUACAUGGGUGUCAACUCCGAUGACUACGCCAAGCUGGUCUUGGAAGACCUCCCCGAUGUGGGUGCACAUAUGGGCGUUGGCACAGCCUACUGCGGAAUCCCCAGCCGUAUAUCAUAUCUGCUGGAUCUGAUGGGUCCUAGCGUUGCACUGGAUGCGGCCUGUGCAUCAUCUCUGGUUGCGGUACACCAUGCCCGACAGGCUAUCCGUGCUGGCGAGACCGAUCUAGCCAUCGCAGGCGGCGUCAACGCACUCCUGGGACCCGGAUUGACCCGGGUGCUGGACGAAGCGGGAGCCAUCUCCGCGGAUGGAAAGUGUCGUUCCUUCGACGACUCUGCUAGCGGGUAUGGCAGAGGCGAAGGGGCGGGUGUUGUCAUCCUAAAGCGUCUGGAUAAAGCCCUGACAGACGGCGACCAGGUGCUAGCUGUACUGAAGGGCAGUGCAGUAGCUUCGGAUGGCAAGACGCUCGGAAUUAUGGCCCCGAACGCGCAGGCACAGCUUCUCGUUGCCCAAAAGGCACUCAAGGAGGCGAAGGUGGCGUCCGACUCAAUCAACUAUAUUGAGGCACAUGCCACUUCCACAUCACUGGGCGAUCCCACAGAAACAAGGGCCUUAGCUGAGGUUUACGGUAUGGCAUCCGGGCGGCAUCCAUCCAACCCGUGCUAUAUCGGUUCUAUCAAGCCGAAUAUCGGCCAUUUGGAGGCCGGUGCCGGUGUUAUGGGUCUCAUCAAGGCGGUUCUUGUGCUUCGCCAUGGCCAAGUGCCCCCACAGGCCAAUUUGCAUACCUUGAAUAGCAAGAUUGCAUGGAAAGAGAGCUUACUAUGCCCGGCCCGCGAGCUGGUGACAUUACCCCACGGCAACUCAUCACGACCGUUGCGGGCGGCUGUAGCAUCCUACGGAUACAGCGGUACAGUAUCGCAUGCGAUUAUCGAGGCCUUUUCAGGACGAUCCUUGUUCGCCGAUCGAUUGGCCCAGAUUCCAGACAGUGAUGCUGCGCCAGUCCUUCUUCUCUUGUCCGUGCCUCAAGCGAACCGAAUCUCAACAACAGCUAGCGGCCUAAGCCAAUGGCUGCGCGAAAGCGAUGGAGCGGUAUCCCUGGCAACAGUCGCCUCGACGCUAUCACAGCGUCGGGCGCAUCAUCGCUUCCGCCACGCCAUAGUCGUUGAUUCCGUCGCAAACACCAUCCUCGCCCUCGAUGACCUGGCCAAGGAUGUGACAAAUCGUUGGGCUAUCAAUGACCGAAUUGGAUCCGAGGCAGCAAAGGGCACAGUCUGGGUAUUCUCAGGCCAUGGUGCGCAGUGGCCCGAUAUGGGUCGCGAAUUAUUUCACACUAGCCCAGCAUUCGGAGAAGUAGUUCGCAAUCUGGAGCCAAUUAUUCAAGCCGAGCUAGGGUUCUCCGCGAUUGAAUCCUUGCAAACCGGCUGUCCGGAUCGCACCGAUGUCAUCCAGGCGAUGACAUUCCUCAUGCAUCUAGGCAUCGCCGCCGUGCUCGAGGCGGAGUCUGGUCCUCCUAACGCUGUUGUGGGCCAUUCACUAGGCGAGGCCGCUGCGGCAGUCAUAUCUGGGGCCCUGACCUGGCAUGAAGCAGCUCUAGUAGUAUGUCGACGAGCGCGCCUUUACCGUGAGUUCAUCGGCCAAGGUGCGAUGGCCCUGGUUCGGCUGCCGGUGUCUGAGGCCCGUGCGCGUAUCGCCACGCACCCGGGCGCGUCGGUCGCAAUUGAGGCAUCGCCGACCGCGUGUGUGGUGUCUGGCAAUAUUGACGCUGUCCAGAAAAUAUCUCAACAAUGGCGUGAAGAAGGUAUCGAGGUGCGUGCCGUCGCUACGGAUGUGCCCUUUCAUACACCCCUGCUGGAGAAGUUAGCUGGUCCCCUUCGUGACGCGCUCAAGGGCGAGCUACACCCUCAAGAGCCGCAUCGGGCGCUCUAUUCGACUUCACUGUUGGAUCCACGGUCAGAAGUACCACGCGAUGCCGAAUACUGGGUGAUGAACAUGGUCCAACCGGUCCGAUUGCAGUCGACAGUCGUCGCACUCGUGGACGAUGGAUUCCGCGCAUUUGUGGAACUGGCGAGUCAUCCCAUCAUAACGCACUCGAUCGUCGAGACUAUCAGCGAGCGGACGACGGACCGGUUUAUGGCGACACCCACGAUGGUGCGUAUGCAGCCGGUGCUAAAGAGCAUCUUGGCCGCCGUGGGCCGUCUGCACUGCUUCGGCUGCACUGUGAAAUGUACAGAUCUUGACCCGACUGCGCCAUGGAGUUCAUCUGUUCCUGGAACAAAGUGGCAUCACCAGUCAUUCUAUCGUGCUGUGAGCGGGAUGACGACUGCACAACUGGCGCCAACACACAAACCUGCGGCCAAUGACUUGCUAGGUGCUCGCACCGCGCUGUGGGGAACGGAUGAGGUGCUAUAUCAAACCCGCCUCGAGGAGGACAAUCGGCCUUUUCCUGGCCGCCACCCACUCCAUGGGUCAGAAAUUGUGCCUGCUGCUGUCCUCUUACGCACAUUCCUGCGUGCACUCUCUCCUAGAAGCGUGGAGGAUGUCUCCCUUCAGGUGCCUGUGGUGGUGUCUCCGGCCCGGGAGAUCCAGAUCCGGCAUAAUACGCGUAGCAUCACUAUCACAUCUCGUCUUGAGGAGUCCACUAGCAAUGAAGAUGGGUCGUGGCUUGUCAAUACUAGUGCAACCGUGGGCGCAGCUGAUUCAAGACCCUCCGUCAGCCAUGUCAACAUAGUAGAGAUCCGGAAAAGACUCCCACAGAAGCUGUCGGACAACUUCUCGAUGGAUUACCUCGCCUCUGUGGGUGUAUCUGCCAUGGGAUUUCCAUGGCGGGUAGCUCAGCAUGUGGCCAGCGACAACGAGAUGCUAGCCAGGGUGAACGCCAAUCCGGACAACCUGCCCGGCAUGGACGAUCUUUUGACGUCCGCCAUGGAUGCAGCAACCUCCAUCGCUUCAACCCUCUGGCACUGUGCGCCCCGACUCCGCAUGCCCACGGCUGUCCGUCGCGCCGUCGCUGUUGACGUGGCCACCCCGCAAGUCGUGUACAUCCACUGCAGGAAGACACAAUCCUCCGUCGACGCAGCUGACGUGAUUAUCACCAGCAAGGAUGGCACCGUUCUUAUGGAGAUCCAGGGUAUGGCCUUCGCCGGUGUCGAGGGCGAGUCGCUGUCGCGCAAAACCACCGCUGGUCUGGUGUAUCAAAUCAGCUGGCCGCCUGCGGCACUGGUUGAGGAGCCGUUGGAAUUUGCCCAUGUGGCCUUCCUAGCACCAGAUAUCACCAACUCUCAUGUAGAGACCUACCAGAGACAGCUUGAAAGCAGAGGUAUCUCCACCUCCAUUCAUGAACAUGCCUCUGACUUGCCCUUGACAACUUAUUCAUCUCUGGCUGUCGUCUACCUCCCUCAAGUCACCGAUCAAAUAUUCGAGACCGCUACCAGCGCCUGCAAUGGCCUCGUAUCAGCAGCCCAGGUUAUUCUAUCCUUCUCGGAUAAACCUAGGGUGCGCCUCUUCGCCCUCACCUCUGAAACCAAUCUGGGCCACAGUGCGCUCACAGGUCUCGGUCGCAUUCUGCAUACCGAACACCCUGAGAUCUGGGGUAGUCUCAUCGACCUCGAAGACCCCUCGGUCUUCCCGCUUAUGGCAAUGCGCUACGUGCGUAACGCUGACGUCAUCAAGGUCCAGGAUGGGGUUCCGCGCAUUGCUCGCCUUCGCCCGCUCCGCUCCUCUCCGCUCCUCCCCACCGCUGGACCCGCUACUCUCACAUUCUCCCCGGCAUCCACAUAUCUAAUCACAGGCGGACUUGGCUGCCUCGGCCUCUCUGUCGCACAAUGGAUGGUCACCCAAGGCGCGAGACGCAUUCUGCUGCUCUCUCGUCGCUCCCUACCCCCGAGGUCCACCUGGACCGCCUCGCAUAAACCCGAGACCCUGUCCAUCAUCCACAGUAUCCUCUCUCUUGAACGCCUCGGCGCCACUAUCCACUCCUUAGCCAUCGAUAUUUCCCAUCCAUCUGGGGUGACCAACCUUCGCUCGUCACUUACCACACUCAACCUCCCACCUGUCGCUGGCGUAGUUCACGCCGCUGGCAUCAUCCGCGACCAGCUCAUCGGGCAAAUCACUCCAGACGUCUUUGAUGCUGUUCUCGCGCCGAAGAUUGCAGGCGCCUUGGCGCUGCACACCGUCUUUCCUCCUAACUCCCCUGACUUGGACUUCUUCGUCCUCUUCUCUUCUUGUGGCCAACUCCUGGGAUUCCCGGGUCAGGCGUCGUACGCGAGUGGGAAUUCAUUUUUGGAUGCUUUGGCGCGAUCACGUAGAAAGGAGGGGGAUAAUUCCAUCUCGCUCCUUUGGACAUCUUGGCGGGGUAUGGGUAUGGGAGCUAGUUCCAAUGGAGCCCUAGAGGCGGAACUGUAUGCUCGUGGAAUUACGGAUGUGACUCCUGGUGAGGCCUUCCGGGCCUGGAGUUCCAUCUCUGCAGUUGAGGGUGCCGAUCAUGGAGUGGUUUUUCGAGCUCGGCCGCUUGAAUCUAGGGAACCGCUGCCACAUGCGAUUCUGAGGGAUAUUGUAACCAGGAAAGAGAGACUUGGGGAUGAGAGGGACAGGGAGAAGGGGCAACAAAGGGAGAAGUUAACUGGCAAAGAAUUGGCGGCAUAUCUGCACGUCGUUGUGAGAAAGUGUGUGUCGACGACAUUAUCGAUCCCCGAAGAUGAGGUAGAUGAGACAGUGGCGCUGCCUGAGAUGGGCAUGGACUCUGUCAUGACAGUCAACUUCCGCAUGAGCCUGCAGCAGACGCUAACAGUGAGUGUUGGGCCAACGUUGGUGUGGAAGUACCCUACGGUGCAUCACCUGGUUGAAUAUUUCUGUCAGGUAUUGGAAGAAUAA